CCUGCCUGUCUGCUGCAAACUUUCCUUUUCUUCCGGUACUUGGGACUCUUCUAGCGCACAAAGUCAACAGUCCUGGAGACGGGAGGCAAGAAAACGGAGUGGGAAAGAAAGACCCGGUUAUGAACAUCGCUGAUAAGGAGAGAGUAUCUCGCUGCCGUAGAGACGCAAACCGUGUAGCGGGGGUGCAGUCGACUUUUAACAACAGGGGAUCUUCUCGAUGCGACAGCCACUGGACUGAGACAGUUAACCUGUGCUAAGGGAUUUUGGUUGAAGGAACAAUGCCCGAGGCCACUGACAUGAUCAACCUGGGCUUCCUGUCUGACUCUGAGAGGGAGAUGAUCCUGGAGGUGCUGCGACGGGACGAGGAGCUGAGGCAGGCUGAGGAGCAGCGUGUACGGAAGUUGAAGACCGAGUUGCUGGAUGUGAAGAGGAAAGGGGCCAAACGUGGCAGUAGAAAAUACAGCCAGCGUAGUUGUGGUAGAUGCCUGGAGCCUUUGAGCCGACUGACUGUUUUCUCCAGCCAGUGUAAGAUGUGCAACCACCUCGUGUGCCGCAACUGCCGAACAGUCCUCCCCAAUGGAUCCUGGCUGUGCAGUGUGUGUGCCAAAGAAUCGGAUAUAAAGAAAAGGGCCGGUGACUGGUUCUACGAUCAAAGGGUCAAUCGUUUCUCCGCAACUCCUGGACACGACCUAGUGAGGGUCUCCCUGAAAAAGAAACCGCCUGCAAAGAAGCGUGAGACAGCAGGAGAAAAGCUGCUGAGAAGUACUGAAAUAAACCCAGGUCCUCUCACUCCGGUGCCUCUGCCCAGGCAGAAAAAUCAGUCAGAAAACAAAAGUCAUUCAAGUGUGAAUUCAGGAUCGGUUGCUUCAAGGGAGUCGUUUGAAUCAAAGGAGGACAACUGGUCAAAGCCAACUCGCAGUGACACAGAGUCUGUAGGAAAUGCCAGUUUAAGUAGCAAUAAAACUGAGACUGAGUCUGGAUGUGUGACCCCUGAGAAACCAAGGAGUGAGAACCGCUCAGUUCGGUCCAGCCUAGCAGGGUCCAGUGUUUCCAGUCUGACGGUCCCAGUCAAAGCAGAUAUUGUCAGCUCUGCCAGCACCAACUCAGAAGCUAACACCGACCCAGAAAUAAAACCAUGUCCGAGCCCAGAGCUGGACAUGGAUAAACUCUUCAAAAAGAGCAUCAAACGAGCCCCAAAGCCUCCUGAGUCUGUAUCAACACUGGACCUGCGUGAUGGACCUGACACAGUAGACGCCUCAAUGGGCAACAGGAGUCAUUCUGUUCCAGGUUUAGACAUACAGGAAGAUGAAGAGGAGGAGGAGGACAUUGACAGCUUGGUUAGCUUUCAUAAAAGAACAAUGGCAUCGAGCUCCUCCAGCCUGCAUAGCUCAAAGAGCACACUGGGCAGCCUGAUGAGUAUUUACAGUGAAGCAGGAGACUUUGACAGCGUGGAUGUGAGCGGAGACGUCGUCUUCACUUUGAGCUAUGACGAACACACCCAGAGCCUCCAGGUCUUCAUCAAGGAGUGCCACGGGCUGGCCUAUGGCGAUGCCUCCCGGCAGCUUUGCAACCCUUACGUCAAAUGUUAUCUACUCCCUGACAAAUCUCGCCAGAGCAAAAGGAAGACCACCAUCAAGAGAAACACCAUCAACCCUGUCUACAAAGAAACACUGAAGUACUCUAUCAGCCGCUCUCAGCUGUUCACCCGCUCCAUGUUGAUAUCAGUCUGGCAUCAUGGUCGCCUCAGCCGCAACGCCUUCCUGGGAGAGAUGGAGAUCGCCCUGGACUGCCGAGAUCUCGACUCCCCCUGCGAGGACCGUGUGCCUCUAAUGGCAAAGGCAGCCUCUUCUGUGCCGGCUUCAGCUUUCGCUCAGUACAAAGGAGAGCUGGUGAUCUCCUUGAAGUAUGUCACAACUACAAAGCCAACAACUGAGAAAAUCAAAGGGAAAAAGGCGGCAACAGAAAAAGGGGGAGAACUGCACAUCCUCAUUAAGGAGGCAAAGAACCUGAUUGCAAUGAAACAAGGAGGCACAUCGGAUAGUUUUGUAAAAGGGUACUUGUUCCCAACUAAGUCAAAGUCCACAAAGAGGAAGACUCCAGUUGUGAAGAAGAACCUGAACCCCCACUAUAACCACACAUUUGUGUACAAGGAUCUGGCUCUGGAGCAGCUGAAGCAGAUGUGUCUGGAGCUGACUGUGUGGGACAGGGAGGCCAUGCUGAGCAAUGAGUUCCUAGGAGGAGUUCGUCUCAGCACUGGAAAAGGCACUGUUAAAAUAGGAAAGGAGGAAGUGGAAAUGGACUCAGUUGGAGAGGAGGUCAGUAUGUGGGAGAAGAUGAUGCAGUACCCUGACUCGUGGGCAGAGGGCACUCUUCCACUGCGUUCCACUAUGGGGAAGGUUAAGGGCAAAUGAGGACGGUGGCACAGGCCUGGAAAGAAAGGAGACUGAAAGGGGGGAGAAGCUGUGGCAAAUGCGAGAUUGUGGAUUCAUUUUAUUUUGCAAGCUUAUCAGACCAGAAGCUUGUCUACUGACGUGAGCAGACUCACAGCUGAUUGGCUAUAAGCAGACUCACAGUUUACUGGCCUGCUGAACACGAAACAUCUGCUCACACCUGCUCCCCCACCCCCUCCCCCACCCCCCAGACUGCAGACUGGUGUUACUGUUGAAAAUGUGCCAAAGCACACAACACCAAACUCUUUUAUUUU